GCCCAUCAGCAGAGAGAGAAGACGCCACUCGACCGACGCUCGUCCCCUCAGCUAAACAUAUGGCAAAAACCGCCCUCUUUCUUUCUUUUAUCGUUGUGCCCACUACUCUUUAAAAAUUCCGCCGAAAAAGAGAAGACGAUUUUCCAAAACAUUCUGGCCGUUAUCUCACGGCUCCCCUGUCUCUGCACAGGUGUAUGAGCGUUACCCAGAGGGCCUAGGGGCGGCUCUUUACCGGGAGCACUUUGACUUCAACGCUGAGCCACCUUGGGAUCCUAGCUGAUAGCGGGACAGGUCCAUCUCCUGACUUGUCCAUUUUGUUGCAUACCGGCAGGACCCAUUGGCUCAGUCGUGACCUCUUGACUUGCUUAUCUGUUCUUUAUGAUUGUCGGCUUAGCGGAAUACGGUUGAGAUGAAAGGACUUGCUGACAAACCCAGCUACAUCAUUGAACUCCUAGAGGGGGGAGUGACCCUUGAAGAUGUCAUUGACGGACACAUCUGCGAGCAGGCUCUGGUGGAGAAGAGUGCGUUUGUGGUGGGUGACCUCGGUGCUCUGAUGCAGCAGCAUGUAUGCUGGCAGAGUGUUGUUCCACGGCUGCAGCCCUACUACCCAGUCAGGUGCAACAGCAGCCCGGCAGUCAUCGAAGUGCUGGCCUCCUUUGGCCUGGGCUUCGUUUGUUCCAACAAGACUGAAGUGAGCCUGGUGCUGGAGCACGGCGUACCACCAGAAAACAUCAUUCUGUCAGGCACGUGCAAGCAGCUGGCACACAUCAAGCACGCUGCCAAGAACAACAUCCAGUAUCUUGUGUGCGAAAACGAGGCAGAGCUGUCCAAGAUUGCUCGCCUGCACCCAAGUGCAAAGUUGCUGCUGCAGCUGACCACCGAGGCUCACGCAGCUGAGACCAGCAUGGCAUUCGGCUUCUCUCUGAAGAGCUGCCGGCACCUGCUGGAAGCAGCCAAGGAACUCGGAGUCCAGGUGGUGGGGGUGACCUUCCACAUCCCCAGCUCCUGCCAAGACCUGCAGCAGGCCUACACCCAUGCACUGUCAGAUGCCCGCUGCGUGUUUGACAUGGGGGUGGAUCUGGGCUUUAACAUGAACAUCCUGGACAUUGGUGGGGGAUUUACUGGCUCAGAGUUUCAGCUCAAACAGGUUGAGUCUGCAGUCAGGCCGCUGCUGGAUGCUUAUUUCCCCCCACUGUCCGGUGUGCAAGUGUUGGCUCAGCCAGGCAGCUUCUACGUGGCCUCAGCUUUCAGCCUGGCUGUCAACGUGAUCGGCAAGAAGGUGUUGACCCGCCACUGGGACAGCCUCGCUCAAGGUGUGAACAAUGAAGAUACUGAGUUCCUGUACUACAUGAAUGAGGGUGUUUAUGGCCCAUUCAGCCGCAAGCUGCUGGGAAACUCCAUCGCUGCCCCGUCAGUGCACAAGCAUGCGUUGCGUGCUGAGGAGGAAGUUUAUCCCAGCAGCCUGUGGGGCCCUUCACUGGACCAGCUGGACCAGGUGGUGGAGCGCUGCCUGCUGCCUGAACUCAGUGUGGGAGACUGGCUGUGCUUCUCCAACAUGGGAGUGUGUGGCCUGGAGGAGUUCAGCUGCCUCUCCGGCUCCCCACAGCUGCCCGUCUACUACACUGUCUCCACCUGUGACUGGUACGAAAUGCAGGAGGCCGGUGUGGCGCUGGACAGUGCCAUGAAGAAUUUCUCCAUGGUCCAGUACAGUGCGUAACUACCCUCUGCCCCUGUCCCAUAUUAUAUUGCACAGAUCCUCCUUAGCCUCUCUUUUCACCAUGUGAGAAGAGGGGUCAGCGAGGUGUUUGGGACGGGGGGCGAAAUGUGGUCAACAUUCCAGCCACCUUGGAAAAUGCAGUGUCCUAUUAUUUCUUCCCUGAAUUUGACUUUUUUACCUCUCGAAAUGGAAUUGGUUGUUCGAUACCUCAAUUGUCUAAAAUUUGAUCUGGAAGAUGACCUUCUCAUCCUCGCUCCUCCCUCUGGACUCAGCAAAAAGAAGCUCAAAUGACAAUAUGCAACAAAAUGGACGACUCUUUGGAGAUGGGACCCCCCCAACACGUUUGGGGAGGUUUGUUUCCUAAAUCAAAUCCCGUUUACAAAAUGUACAAUUGAUUUAAAUCCUGUUCUCUAUUGAUUACCUGUUGACAGUCGUGUAAAUCCUGUGUCUGUUCAACACCAAUACAUUUUGUCUGUAGAUGAUUUUUGAAGUGAAGAAUCAACGCCUCGUGUGGAUUCUCUACUUCAGACCCCUUAUUUUGCAUAGUUUAAAUGAAAUUAUGACAAUGAUGUAACCUAUUUCUUUAUCGCAGCUCACCUCAAUGCAUUUUUAUUUAUUGGAUUCAGAUAUUACUGGGGCAAAUUUAAAGCUCCAUCUUUGUGUAUUUUGCCCAGGUAUUAUGCUGUGGCCCAUCUAACAGUGUUUUCCUUCUAAGAUAUUGAUGUGUUUUUUUAACGCUACAUGGAUUUAAGUGUGCUGUGAUUGCCAUUUGUGACCUCAGUGGUUUCCCUUUACUCGAAAGGCAUGAAGGAAUUGCUGUGGGGGAUUCUCUCUACACUGAGCUAUAGCUUGAAUACAGAGAAGAAGCUGCAUACACCCUAAUGCACUCCUUGCCUCUAACAGAGAGAGGUUAAUCUGGUUUUAAAAUGCACAAUAUCUUUUGUAGGUUAAAUAAGUACUGUGACAUUUAACAAGGCAGCCCUGAUUUUUCAGAUCUCACAAGUUUUUCGGGAUCUGAAAAACCAGCAAACGAGCUGUUUCUGAAGAGUGCUCAAACGAUCUGUAUGUGGCAGAUUUGGACUUACAUGUUUAUAUCUGUCACAUAAAAGACAUGCUAGUUGUACACAGACCUCUCUGAGGCUGUGACAAAUAACACACCAGACUUUUCCUCAUGCCUCUCUGAAGUUGUGAGGGACAAAAUGCACAGUCUCUUGUACAGCUAAAUGUCUCAUGUCUGAUGAUAUUAAAAAUGACCUGACUUAACUGCAGUUUUUAAAGAAUCCUGCCCUCGUGUGUUACAAAUGACUAAUGUAUUAAUUACUUGCUUGUCUAAGGCACUAAUGGACCAUAGCCUGUUUUUGACUGUAAAUUGUGCUUGUUAAAGUAAUGAAAGUGAUUAAUUUAAUACAUUUCUGACUGAAAUCA